CCGCGGCCCCCGCGGGGCUCCGAGGCGCCCCCCGCCCGGCUGGCCCCGCUCGCCGCGGCAGGCCGCGCGCCCCUCCCGCCCCGGCCUAUACUAUUACGGAUGGUCGACGCGGGUUGGCAACACACGGUGCUGCUCCGGAGCGACGGCACUGUCGCAGCCUUCGGCGACAAUGAGGGAGGCCAGUGCGACGUGCCGGCGCUGGAGGGAGGCGUGACCUACACGCACGUCGCCGCGGGUGCGUGCCACACGGUCCUGCUCCGGAGCGACGGCACGGUCGCAGCCUUCGGCGGCGACAAUGAGGAAGGCCAGUGCGACGUGCCGGCGCUGGAGGGAGGCGUGACCUACACGCACGUCGCCGCGGGUACCUACCACACGGUCCUGCUCCAGAGCGACGGCACGGUCGCAGCCUUCGGCGUGACCUACACCCACGUCGCCGCGGGUAUCUUCCACACGGUCCUGCUCCGGAGCGACGGCACGGUCGCAGCCUUCGGCGACAAUGAAGGAGGCCAGUGCGACGUGCCGGCGCUGGAGGGAGGCGUGACCUACACGCACGUCGCCGCGGGUGCGUGCCACACGGUCCUGCUCCGGAGCGACGGCACGGUCGCAGCCUUCGGCGGCCACAAUGAGCAAGGCCAGUGCGACGUGCCGGCGCUGGAGGGAGGCGUGACCUACACGCACGUCGCCGCGGGUGCGUACCAGAUGGUCCUGCUCCGGAGCGACGGCACGGUCGCAGCCUGCGGUUACAAUGAGGAAGGCCAGUGCGACGUGCCGGCGCUGGAGGGAGGCGUGACCUAUACCGCGCGCCUGUUUGGAGUUAAGCUGCUCCUGCAGGCAUCAUUCGACGGCGGCUCACUGCGCUUUUUGACCUUGGGCGGGGUGGAGCGCUGCCGACUCCUGGCCGCCCCUGGUGCUCUGCUCGCAGAUGUGCACCACCAGCUGCUGGCUGAGCAUACCGCAGGGAGGCUGGGCCAAGGAUUCGACCGCGUCGACGCCGUCCUGCCAGAGAGGCUUCUCCUGAGUGAGGUCUCGGCCGACGAGACCGUCGCAGAGGUUUUUGGGCCCGCUCAGCGCGGCUAG